AGCAAAGUGAAUAUAUAUGAUAUUAAAUAAAAUUUAAUUAAAUGGGGCCAUAUCUGAGUUAACCAAAAACAGAGAAAAAAACUACUGUUGGAUAAGGAAAGUCUGUGAUAUUUGCAGCUUCUGAAAUGCAAGGUAUUAUAAGAAUUAACAUAUAAGGUUGGAGAAACUCUAUGGAAGAUGCCCAUAUUAAUAGACCAGAUGUUUUACAAGAUGUAUCUGUUUUUGGUGUGUUUGAUGGACAUGGAGGAAGAGAAGUAGCAUAUUUUGUAGAGAAACAUUUUAUUGAUGAAUUACUAAAAAAUAAAAACUUUAAAGAUUAGAAAUUUGAAGAUGCUCUUAAAGAGACUUUCUUAAAAAUGGAUGAAUUAUUAAUGACAGAAGAGGGAUAACAAGAAGUGAUUACAUAUUAAGCCAAUGAAUCUAAUGGUAGCAUAUUUAAUAUAUAGCACUAGAUUCUUAUGCUGGAUGUACGGCUAAUGUGGCUUUGAUUCAUAAGAACACUCUCUAUGUUGCUAAUGCUGGAGAUUCAAGAUCAGUCUUAUGCAGAAAUAAUAAGAACUUUGAUAUGAGUGUUGAUCAUAAACCAGAUAAUCCAGAAGAAAAAUCAAGAAUUGAAAGAGCAGGUGGAUUUGUUAGUGACGGUAGAGUUAAUGGUAAUUUGUAUUAUUUUUAUUCUUUUUUAGGAAAUUUAAAUUUAUCAAGAGCUUUGGGUGAUUUGGAAUAUAAACGUGAUAAUAAAUUCAGACCUAAUGAACAACUAAUCAUAGCAUUACCAGAUGUUAAAAAAACUGAGUUGGGACCAGAAGACAAGUAAGAUUUUAUUUUAUUUAAGAUUUAUUUUGAUGGGAUGUGACGGUGUAUUUGAAACUCUUAAUCAUUAAGAAUUGUUAUAACAUAUUAAUACUACGUUGGGUAAUAACCCAGUUACUUAAGAGUUAUUGAGUAAAGCAGCUGAAGAUUUGUUGGAUAAAUUGUUAGCCCCAGAUACAAGUUAAGGAACAGGUUGUGAUAAUAUGACAACCCUUAUAGUGUAUCUGAAAAAAUGAAUAAGAUUCAAACAAUAAUAUUCAUGUUAUAA